AUGUCUAAAAAUCAUAUCGAAAUAGAUGGUUCUCUUUUGGAAGGUGGUGGACAAAUUCUGAGAAUUGCAUUAACAAUACGUGCACUCAAAAAAAAUCCUGUUCGUAUUUUUAAUAUAAGAGGGGGGCGAAAAAAACCUGGACUAAUGGAACAACAUUUAAAAGGUGUUGAAUAACUUAGAGAUAUAUGCUCUGCCAAUGUUAAAGGUGCAUCACUAGGUUCUACAGGGGUAGAAUUUUAUCCAGGAGAAAUUAAAGGCGGUAAUUUCCCUGCACAGGUUAAAACUGCAGGUAGCGUAAGCCUUCUUCUACAAGUAGCACUAACUUGUUGUUUCUUGGCAGAAUUUUCAACAAGUCUCAGUCUACGAGGUGGAACGAAUGCACAAAUUGACUACACCACAGAAGUUUUUAAACCUAUAAUGGAAAAAUUCGGUGCCACUUUUGAUUUUGACUUGGUGAGGCGAGGAUAUUUUUCCAAAGGCUAG